AACCGAAAGAAAAAAAAAAAAAAAAGAGAACCCAGCCAUGCCUUGGAAAAUUGGUAAGGAAGCUUGGUUUUCUCCUUCCUUUCUUGCUCUAGAACCCAAAUAGAACCCAGAAAUUUCCCCUCCCCCUGCUGGAAAACCGGAUCUGCUAUGCUCUGCUCCUCACCGCCGGCUGCUCCUGUUUGUGGGGGGCGAAUUGCUUGGGUUUUGGACCCGUGAGUUUUCCCUGCAGCUUGCCGCCGGCCUUCUUCCCCCUGCCAUGUCCGGUUUCUGCAGCUGUAAAUUCUGGUAUGUGGCAGCCUUAAACCAUUGUUUUUAAGCUUGAUUAAGGUAGAAUUAGCUUGAUUAGUUUGCUGCCGUGUGAUGUCCGAAUUUUGUUUUUCCUUGUCCACCAUUUCAGGAAGUGAAACUGAGGAUGGGGAAACUACGGGAAGUGACGAGUUAGAAGGCUAGCCAUAUCGUAAUUGGAUAUAAAUUUUAGAUAUGAAUCAUGAUCUUGUAUUUGGAGAUUUAUGAUAUCAGAGAGAUUUUAUAAUUUGAUCUUCAGAUUUUGAUGGUAUCAGAGUGCGAAUGUGAUAAGUUCCGAGCCUUGUGCAUUUGUGGGACCCGUCUCAUGAGUGCACGGCGUCUGUCGCGUCUCGGAUUUGGGUUCUGGGGGUGACAAUUUACUUCUUCUCUUUCUUUCUUUUUUCAUCGAAGGUUGGUUAUGCGACCCAUUUAUGGCUUUGGAAAAGGAUUCCAAAGGUGAUCUGAUGAAGACUUGUAAUUUUAUAGAGUAGCACGAUGAACCCAUGUCCAGUAAAGCCAUUGAAGUCAUCUUGGAGUUGAAGGGUGAAAGAGAACCCUUGAAGACUAAGUUGGAGCAAAUGGAAGAGCCAAGAGGACAAGAUAAAUGGAGAGUGGAUAGUAGUGAAGCUUCUAUAGAGGAAAAUAAGGAAUUGAUGUUUUUGACGAAAGAUUAUGGAAUGAGUUGUUCAAGGGUAGGGAAAAUGUUGAAUUAAGAUUUGUGAGGGGUGAAGUGCAAGAAUUGAAAGAAGGUAUGAGAGAACGGGGAGAGAAAUUGGAUGACUUUGUUAAGUUGGUUGUUAAAAAAGAGCAAGGUUUUCAAAUGUUUUUUCUCUUUUCUAUUGUUGUAUGUCUACUAUGUCUAUGUUUAUGAGUCAUACACUUUUAGGUUUCUAUCAGUAAUAUUAUCCUAUCUUUAUCUUAUUUGUAUAGUUCAAAUCAAUGCUGCUGAAAAGU